AAAUAAAAGGGCCUCGGAGGUCGAUUCUUCCAACUAAACUCUCGUUUCUUCCGCGGAGAAGACCUAUCCGGAGACCGUGGCGAGAGCCAACCAUGGCUUACGUCGAAAACGGUGUUGUGAAACAAAAGCGGACUGUUUGGAGGUUAAGCAUAAUAUCAGAUUUCUUCUGGGCCAUUGUGAACUUCAUCGGGGUGUUCUUUAUCACAAUGUUCUCAAUGGAAAAAUCAAAUGAGUACAAGAAAGGGUCAGGCUCUAGUAAGAAAUGGGAUGGCGGUCCUGGUGGAGGCCCGGGAGGUGGUCCUGGAAGGGGUCCAUAUGGCGGCGGCGGCGGCGGCGGCCCCCGUGGACCACGUACAUUGGCUGAUCUCAGGGCGAAUGACCAUAUUUCAGGUUCUCUUCCUGCAUGUGGAUCCUGCUGUGGAGGCUAAAUACAAAAAAAAUAUCUUUCUGGUUCGUUUAUUACUUGUUGGAACAGGCUCCCUGCUUUUCUGUAUCAAGACUCAGUAUGGUUGUAAUGGCUCUGCCUGUCACAGCAACUUGUACUUCGGGCUAUGGAUAUAUAUAUAUAGUAUGUUAUGGUUUUUGAUGUUAUAUGGAGUAUUUCUAGUAUGAAAUUCUAAUACAACUUGGAUCCUGCACAGCAAGCUUGGUGUGCUGAAAAUUUGGUCUAAUGUGGAGUAUUUCUAGUAAUGCAAUUCUACAUUCAACUCAA